GAGGUUCACCUCGAGGUUACUAUGUUUACUUAUAUGGCUAUAUUUAGUAAAACUCCUAUAGUAAUAGCAUCGACCAGCUUCGUUUUAAAGGGCGCGUGAAUAUUGACCAAUCUAAUUCCAGAAACGUACUGCGUCAUAUCGUAGAAGCACAAUAGCUUUCGUGAAACGAACGACGUUGCACGCCACUUGGAUCGAAAGUUACUAAAAUAAUUUACAGUGUAAAUAACUAGAAAUACAUCAUAAAAAUGACUAAAAAACUUCUCGAAGUAACGUGUCUAUUGUUAUUGAUUUUUGCGGUGACUAUUGAAGGAAAGAAACUUUCUAGAAGCCGAGGCUCGGGAAGAGGUUCUAGUAGGAAGACUAAUUAUAAGCCUCAGCCGGCUCCAACUUCCUUGAGCUAUCCACAAGCGUCAGCUCCCAAACCAAGUUUAUUUGGUUGGCAAGAAAAACCUGCUCAAAAGACACAGAUAUCGCAAUCACAUCAAUCUAAACCAGGAAAUCAAGCUCCAUCGUAUCCUGCAAGCAACACUGGGCUUUCUGGUGCAGGUUCAAAACAAACUCAGCAACAGGAGCAUGUUCAAAGAAGUAAUGUACCAAGCCAGCAAACUGCACCUCAUCCUGCGUCACCGAGCCAAACGAAUAGCCACGCAUAUCCUGCGUCCAAUGGACUAUCUGGAAAUUCAGCUGGCUCUAGCUAUCCACAAGGAUCAGGAUUAUCCGGAUCAAAUGGGGUUCCGCCGUCGUAUAAUUCACCAAAUAAGCCACAGUACCCAACUAAUAACAAUUUACAAAACAAUCACCCACCGAACAAUGUUGGAAAUAAUUACCAGGCUGCUCCCCCACCCUACACACCGUAUGGAAAUAACAAUCAUCAAGGCCCUCCACCCCCAUAUUCCAACUAUGGACAUGGCUUCAGUGGGUAUGGAGGUCAUGGUGGACCAGGAUACAGUCCACAAAUGCCUGGUUACUUUGGCAGCUACACCAACAAAGGUUAUGGUGGUGUAAGCCGUUCUGGUAGUACGCUAGCUGGUGUUGGUUUAGCAGGUGCCGGUAUAGGAACCGUGCUUACUGGAUUGGCAUUGUGGAAUUUGGCUAGAUCUACAGGUCAUCAUCAUCAUACCGUUAUCUAUGAUAAUAGAGGACAGCCUAUUGCAGUAGCUGCCGAAAACGGAACUGUUUCGGCUGAAGAUUCCAUAUUACGUGAUUUAGUAAACUGUACUCUCACAAUCAGCAGUAUUAAUGCUACGGAAGUCAUCGCAAUACCUUGUUCAAUCGCAACUUCCUUCACACCUGAUGCUAAUGUUAAGGAUGAUAAAGUUGAGAAUGCUAAUAAUGACACGAAAUGCACGAUCACUGUGGUAACAAAAGAUAGUAAAGAAUUUAUGACGACUAUACCAUGUUCCAUUUUACUGAAUACUGCAGCACAAAAUAACGUUACAGAACCACCGAACGUUCUUGCAGAAACUGCUCUAAAUGACACCUUGGUAGAAACUAAUACUAGCGAUUCAAAUUCUCCAAAAGCUUUAAAACUUUCUAGUGAAGAUGAGAUUAAGGACUUCUCUGUUGGGUUAAACUGUACGACUUCGGAAUCGGGAGAAAUUCGUGAUCCUAUUAACCCAUGCUUUAGUGUAAAAAAUAAUUUAACUGUAAUACCUCUCAUUUCCACUACUAAAUCUGACUUGCUUUAAGAAAACAAAUAAAAAGAUUGUGUUGUAAAAUGUGUGUGGUACAAUUAAAAAGGAUAUAUGCAAUUAAAUUGUUUUAUUUAUUAUUAGUACGGCACUUUUGUACGAAAAUAAAUCCUGUUACAAUAUUACUUUACAUUUUUGUAAAUAGAAGUAUUUAUGGACAUUUUUGGACU